AUGCUUCGCCAAGAUACCUUCCAGACUCUGAGCCAAUUACCCCGGCCCAGCAAGCCCGAAGUGGCCGGCCUUGAUGUGGAGGCGCUCAGCAAUCGACCGGCCACAUCUUGUCCUCUGAAGGAGCACAGCGUCCUGGAUCCUGUUCCAAGCUACCCAGAAGGUUGGCAGAUCUCGUCGGAAGACAUGUGCUCGCCGAACGAAGUGGUGUCUGGGACCAUGUCCACGCGAACGUGGGACUCGUUCUACUCCACCACCAU